GUCAGCCGGCCGGAGAGAGGUGGCGAGCGGAGGGGGUGAGGGGCGGAGGGUGGAGGGGGCGUGAGGAUUGAGGUGUGGACAUUCCCUCCCUCCGGUCACUUUGUACGAAACAAGUGAGUGGAUGGACUCCAACUACCUGCGUGCGGCGCUGGGCUCCUGCCUGACCCAGGGCCUGGCCGAGGUGGCGGAGCUGCGCCCGGCGGACCCCAUUGAAUACCUGGCUCACUGGCUCUACAAGUUCAACCACAACCAGGCCCUGGAGCAACAGUACCAGGCGGACGAGGAGGAGCUGGACGCAGAGAUGGAGAUCUACCUGAAGGAGAAGGCCGUUCAGGAGCAGCUGAAUGCCGAGCUGGAGGAAAUCCAACAAGUCUACCAGAGCAGGCUGCUGAUGGAGCGGACCGCCGCCAGCCCCGACGAGCGGCCGCUGUCUGCCACCUCAGCGCCCGUGGAGACGAUUGCCGUGGAGAUGCUUGCAGCGAGCUCGAGGAGCUCACCGACCUCGGACACUCAGGUCAGGGAGAAUUUGUCCAGUCUCGCUCCGCCGGAGUGGCUCGGGGAACCGGAACUGGAGACGGUGAAAGAGGAGGACGUGAAGCAGAGCAAGGAACCGUCGGAGGGGAGUGGGAGCGAGCCCGAGCCCGAGCAGGACGCGGCGGAAGAGAUGGGAGGGCCGGCGGGCCAGUAGAGGCGUGAAGGGGGUCGUGGGGGAGAGCAG